CUACAAGAUGGCCCUGCUGUGGUGCGACUGCGGUGCGGCUGCGGGCCGAAAACACCAGAAACCUCAGUGCUUCCGCAGUGGUCCUUAAAGCCCGAGGACAAAGAUUUAAAAGACGCCAAUGUCACCCAUGUUAAGACUUUGGGUAUUCAUCUAACAAGGGAAGCGAUGUCUAAGAAAUCUUCUUGGGUAAAAAAGCGUCAGUCCGAGAGCGCUCGAGCAAAAGCCCAACAGAGACUUAGACAGAGGAAAUGUUUAUUUAAGAAAGCGGUAGAGUUUAGUUUGGAAUGCGAAUCUGAUGUCAUUGUGGCUAUUCGAGUCCAGCAAUCUGGUCAGCUAUAUAUUUUUGAGUCAUCCUCGGAUGCACGAAGGCUAAGUACAUUGUCAAACUUGGCAGCAUGCUACCCCUCUCCCAUCCAGGAGGUACUGGAGGAUAUCAUCCCCCAGCUUGGAAAGUGUUCAUCCUUAGACCCCGCAGGCGAACCCGCGUCUACUGGGGAUGGAGGAUGCAAGACAUAG